CCGGAAUUUUCGGAAUUUAACGGUGUGGGGGAUCACUCAGCUGCGAUUCGCUCCCCAGAAAUGUUCCUCCUCAGUUUUCAAUCACGCGCGAAAGCGGACAGAACUGCGUACCGUGUUUUUAAUCAAAAAACCUGAACAAAUAUGUGCUCGGACGUACUUUACCCGUGACGUAUUGGGCUUAAAUCCUCUUCGAGUUCCCUUAAAAUAGCCACGUUUCGGUUAAGCCCCAACAGUAUUGACCAAGUCGGCCAAGUGCUUGCUACUCCGCCGGUUAUUUAAGUUAUUGUAACCGUUGGCAACUGGCCACAGCAGAGGUCUUAACACCGGGUAUAAUUUGCAAUUUCAUACCCGCCGCCUAAAAAUAAACAAGCAACAAAAGCGAACAGUAUCAAAACAGUUUAAAAAUGCCUGAUGUAAAGUUCCUGGCCGUUCUGCCCACCAAUGCUAAUGCCUCAGACCGAGUCACCAGGCUCUCCAUUAGCGGCUCCCUGCUCCAGGAUCCCCAGCAAUUCUCGGUGAACUUUGUCAACAGUCCGGAUUGCACGGAUAACAUCACGUAUCACUUCAAGGUGGUGAUACCCACGCAAACGAUCAUCGAGAACUACAAACGGAACGGCGAGUGGAGCAGCCUGCACCAGGAGAAGUAUCUGAACAUCUUUGACGAGUCCUCGUUUUGUCUUGAGUUUGCCUUCGACUACGCGAAUUCCAUGAUGCGGGUGUACCAGGGCAGGGAUGCGGGCCACAAUUUCAUAACCGAGUACGAGACCCUAUUUUCCAUAUCCGACAUCCAGGCGGUGCAGGUGUGGGGCGAUGUGCAGAAGGUCAAUCAGUUUGCCCUGGCCUACAACUGAUAGGGAGAAAACCCCCUCAAAAAGCUCCCUAAGAUCCCGGAGAUCCCUGAGAUCCCCAAGGUAGUCGCUCCAUUCUCACCUAUUUAUUGCAUUUUUCGAUCGCUUCGGUUAAAGUUCGGUGGAGGGGCACCUUUAGUUCUAAUACUGCACCACCUUAACUCCCCUCACCUGUAGUUCUAAUUCGAUUGUUGGAUAUCGCACCCCACCUACAUUAUGUUGCUGUAGUAGCGACCUGCUUUCACUCUUUCUUCGUUUGUUAAUGCGUUACACUUUGUUAUACUAAGACCACACACCAGUCCAUGCUUUGAUUAGCAUUUCCUCUGAAAAUGGGUUUGGCUUUUAAACAGUAUUAAGACCAUAUUUAUUUUGUUUGGCAUACAGCUUAAAAAUAUAUGAUCAGUUGAAUUUGUUUUUAAACGAAUUUACUGAUCUUAAAAAAAUUUAUUAAUAUUAUAAUUGUUGCUUUUCUUCCGCCUAGUGAUUGUAAACGUUUUCCUUACUGAUAUCGCUUGUUUUAGAUUAAAAUUCAAACUUUCACCGAAAAUAUUCCUGUCACCUAUUUGUGUGUCAGUCACCAUAUCACUCACCUGGGUUCUUGAGGAACUAUCCUGUGACGUAACUAGAACACUGCUUCUGCUUUUUGCCAUUUAUCGCAGUUGCUGUUUGAUUUUUCGUUUGUAGUUGAUAGUAUUUGUUAACUGUUAGAUAUGUUUGUAUUAUACACGUUAAAUUUCUGUGCUUGCUGAAGUCUUCCAUUUAGAAUUUGAACGUAAUUGUAAGCUUUCCAUGUAAUACCCACACAUACCAUGCCAAGUAUUAAAAAUCGCCUUGACAAGUGCAUUUUCCUCAAUUAAAUGCGUAAACAAAAAAAUUCAUCGCAAUUGGUUUUCUUUAUUGCUAACAAAUUUGGAUUUGGAAACCGACGGGAAACGUGCUUACAUUUGUUUUUCGUUCGUUCGCAUGAU